CUUGAAACUUCGCAUUGCGUUUGAAGUUCAUCAAAUUAUCAACCAGCAACACAUACCAAGGUUGUUUCUCCAAUGAGCAGCGAUACACCAACAGAUUCUUCAAGUGGAAGUCGCACCGACGACAAUGGGUGCGGCAUCCCCGUCAUCGAUUUAUCGCCGGACCGAGACGAGACAAAGAUCGCAUCGGAGCUCCUCGAUGCCUUUUCCACGAUCGGCUUCUGCACCCUGAUCCACCAUGGCGUUCCCUCCGAGAUCUUUCGAAAGGCCUUUCUUGCCUCAAAGAGUUUUUUUGAGCUGCCUCUCGCCACAAAGCUAAGGUACAAAUACAAGUCUCCCGCAGCGAACCGCGGAUACAUUCCCUACGGUUCCGAGAAACACGACAAGGACGGGGAGGGGCGCUUCCUGCCGGCGGAUCGAGGCGAAACAGAAACAAUUGCCAUCACACCGGACCAAAAAGAAACCAUGGACAUUGGCUACGACGACCCCUCUGCUAUCCCUUCAGAGAAGGACGGGGUGUACGCCAACGAGUGGCCCACCGAAUUGUCCCCGGACGUCUUUCGCGGUGCUCUCGAGACCUACUUUGAGGAAAUGGAUAACUUGAACCUGCGCUUGAUGCACUACAUCGGGGAGGCCCUCGGCUUGCCGGAUGGGGGACGCGGCCUAGUGGAGCAGUGCAACGCCAAACCCCAAAACCUGCGGCUCCUGCACUACCCAAGCACGGUUCGCGACCAGGGCACCGGCGGUGACACGGUGCUCCGCGGAAACGCCCACACGGAUUUCGGCACGCUGACGCUGCUCGCACAGGACUCGGUGGGCGGCCUCAAGGUGCGGCGGGCCGACGGAACCUGGACAAGCGUCCGGCCGGUGGAGGACUCGAUCGUCGUCAACGUUGGGGACAUGCUCAUGCGGUGGUCCAACGAUCGCCUCAAGGCCACGCUCCACAAGGUCGAGUCGCCCGAUGCGGCGACGGCAACCGCUGAAGUUUCGCCGUGUGCUAUCGUCCCGGAGCGGUAUUCGAUUGCCUUUUUCUGCAACGCGAACAAGGACGUCGAGAUCAAGAACUUGUUUCCAGACGAACCGGCAAAGUACGAACCCAUCAACGCUCACGAGUAUCUCACCCAGCGAUUGGCGGCAACUAUCUCAACAUAGAGAAGGGAACGAAUCGCAGGGGAAGUUUUCUAUUGCGGCCGCACUAUGAUUCGAUACACCAUAAUAAGUCGUUCGAUCCAAUGCAUCAGAACGAUGGCAUUAAUGGGAAAUGGGGAUAAUAAUCUGCAUCGCAGCUG